AAGAAAUACAGAUAAAAUUAGGAUAAAUGAUGUUCAAUAACAUUAAUGAGCCAAAACAGAGUAGAUAGAUAAGAUGAGUGUUAUACAAAUAUGGGUUGAGAGAGGUAAAGAUCCAAUAUUUCUCUAACAGAAGCUGAAAAAAUGCAACUUUUCAGUCUAAGCCAACGUGCAUUUAUGGCUACAACAUCACUGGCUGGGGCUCUCAGAUCAAUUCCAAGGGCUAGUUUUAGUUCUGGUUCUGGUUCUGUGAAAUGGGAUGGUGGGGUUUCAAUGGUACAAGGAGCUUCAAGAGGAAUUGGCCUUGAAUUUGUUAAGGAACUGCUGGAGAAAAAUGAUAAAGGGCAUGUUAUUGCCACAUGCCGGAAUCCAAAUGCAGCAACAGGGCUUCUUGAUUUAAAAAAUAAGUUUGUUGAAAGACUUGACAUUUUACAGUUGGAUCUGACUGUUGAAAGCACCAUAGAGGCAUCAGCAAAGUCUAUUACAGAGAGAUAUGGCUCUUUAAACCUUCUCAUUAAUGCGUCAGGCAUUCUUUCAAUACAGAAUGUGUUGCAACCAGAAACAACAUUGAACAAAGUAGAGAGGUCAUCCUUGAUGCUUGCUUAUGAGAUUAAUGCAGUGGGUCCUAUUCUGGUGAUGAAGCAUAUGUGGCCUCUUCUUAAGGUUGGAGGAGGGACUGUGACUGAAAGGGAAGCAGCAGUUGUGGCCAAUUUAAGUGCCAGAGUAGGAUCAAUCGGGGACAAUCGCCUGGGUGGUUGGCACUCCUAUCGUGCAUCAAAGGCUGCCCUUAAUCAGCUAACAAAAACUGUGUCGCUGGAGUUUGCUCGAAGGAAAGAUCCAGUUAUAUGCAUUAUGUUGCAUCCAGGCACAGUGGACACUGAUCUCUCCAGGCCAUUUCAGAGAAAUGUACCGGAGGGCAAGCUCUUCACCAAAGAGUUCUCAGUGCAGAAGCUUUUAAACAUCAUCGAAAACACGAAGAAGCAUGACAACGGGAAGUUCUUUGGCUGGGAUGGUCAAGAAAUUCCCUGGUAGUUAAUACAAUUUUUCCUGAAAACACAAGAGGAAGUAGGAUGCUAUCUCAUUUUGGAUCAUUUUCAUAUUUUGUUAUUGCUGCUUCAGUUGCUUACUGUAUUCUCAAUUAUAAGAUAUCAUAAGAUGUUGACGAAUAGAAUUACAAUGAACAAUUGCCAAAUAAA